AUAGUGUUUCCCACAAUCCUUUCCAGGAGCCCAAUCCCGCACCGCCCAUUUCGGUUCCUCCUAUCUCCCCGCCCCCCGACACUCCUCGGCCGGUAUUAUGCCACUGUCCGCGCGGUGGCGCCACAAACGCACUUGUCAACCCGCGUACCUCCCUGAAGAGCUGGCCGGCCUUACCUUCAAAGCCCCGGGCUGUCAUGGGUCGCCCUCUUUGGCGGCUUCUAGACACCAAACCACUAGAGGGCAUCGGCCCCAGCAGGGCCCGACGGCGGGAGCCGGGCUACCGCCACGCUCUCUAUGGCGCCCGGAAGGGGGCGGAGUGGCGCCCGCAGUUGCUUUGGCAGAGGCAGUGCAGUGAAGGGAGGGGGUGGCUGUGCGUCAUCAGUCUGCGCUCCUGAACUCCCGAGACCCCGAGUUUGAGGUGGGAAGUGAGGUGUGGGAAGUUGGUCGCUUUCUGAUGAAUUCACUGGCUGUGAAACUGGAGGAGAAUCUGGCCCUUCCAAAACAAGCCCAUUGCCCUGAAGCCCCAACUGCGGCCGACGGACAGCUCGACGGGUUUAUCUGCCACGCACGCACAUUGUUAGAACAGGAGAUCGAGUUAGCACUCAAUAAUGGGAAGAACCUACAUUGUUGAAGAAGCUGUUGGCCAGUAUCUUUCAAACAUCAAUCUCCAAGGAAAGGCUUUUGUUUCUGGUCUUUUAAUAGGACAGUGUUCUUUACAAAAGGAUUAUGUGAUACUUGCCACUAGAACACCAUCCAAAGAGGAACAAAAUGAGAGCCUCAAACAUCCCAAAGAUAAGUCGGACAGCUUGGAUGAAGAAUGGGUCACAGAACAUGCCAACCAGGUAUCCAGAAUGCUACCAGGAGGACUUUUAGUUCUUGGAGUAUUUAUCAUUACAACUUUAGAACUGGCAAAUGAUUUUCAAAAUGCCCUACGCAGACUAGUCUUUGCUGUUGAAAAGUCUGUGAAUAAAAAGAAACUGUGGAGUUUCACAGAGGAGGAAGUCUCAGAACGAGUGACACUUCACCUUUGCUCCACUACAAAAAAAAUAUUUUGUCGAACUUAUGAUACCCGUGAUCCAAAGAGUUCAGCAAGACCAGCAGAUUGGAAGUACCAGAAUGGACUAUCAACUUCAUGGCUUUCCUUAGAGUGUACAGUUCACAUUAAUAUUCACAUUCCACUUUCUACUACUAAUGCCAGCUAUACUCUGGAGAAAAAUACAAAGAAUGGGCUUACACGCUGGGCCAAGCAAAUAGAAAAUGGUGUAUUUUUGAUUAAUGGCCAAGUUAAAGAUGAAGAUUGUGACCUAUUACAAGGACAGAAAAAAUCUUCUAGAGGAAAUGCUCAAGUGACUCGUCAGUCUUUUGAUGUCAGAGUUCUAACACAGUUGCUUCUGAAUUCAGACCACAGAUCCACAGCCGCAGUCCAGAUCUGCAGUGGUUCUAUCAACCUUAAGGGCGCUGUGAAAUGCAGAGCUUAUAUUCACAACAGUAAACCCAAGGUUAAAGAUGCCAUGCAGGCCAUAAAGAGAGAUAUAUUGAACACAGUUGCUGAUCGUUGUGAGAUACUAUUUGAGGACCUGCUUUUGAAUGAAAUUCCAGAAAAAAAAGUUAUGGAUUCUGAAAAAGAGUUCCACAUGCUCCCUCACCGAGUUUUUGUCCCCAUCCCUGGAUCCACUGUAAUGUUAUGUGAUUAUAAAUUUGAUGAUGAGUCAGCUGAAGAAAUCAGAGACCAUUUUAUAGAGAUGUUAGAUCAAAUAAUUCAAAUAGAAGAUUUAGAAAUUGCAGAGGAAAUAAACACAGCUUAUAUGAGUUCUUCCAUGGAUAGUGAAGCUUAUUUGGACAACACAGAUGAUGAACAACCAAAGCAACCAAUUAAAACUACAAUAAUAUUGAAAAUUCAGCAAAACAUAGGUGUGCUUACAGCCUUGGCAGUUGCAGUCCUGGCUGCGGGUGUCUCCUUUCAUUACUUCAGUGAUUAAAGUGAGGCCCAGAGAGCUUCCCGAUCACCCAGAGACUGAGCAACAAUUAUGGAUAAUAAAGAUGCAAAUAAUCGUCUGCACUUCAGACGAUAGCAAUCGUAUCCGCUGCCGUACAUGCCUGCCGGGCGCCGGGCGUGUUUCUGACAGAUGACGUCACCUGUUGCCUUGUGUAGGCCUGCUUAUAUUACAAGGUGCCCAGGUUACCAAAAAAGAGUUACACAUCUGGGUGGAAGCAGCACGUAACGAAUAAUUAUUAUCUAUUUUUAAAAAGCUUCACAAUAGGGGCAUAUUUUCAUAGAUUUUAGUUCUGUUGAUCUCAAUCUAACUUAGGACGUUGAAAAUUUGAAUAGUCAGGGUUGGCUCAACAUUUUAGUAAUAACAGAGCCCCAGGAGAAAUUUCUAUAGAGUGGAUCAACAAUGUGUCAGAUAACUUCAUAUUCAAGAACUUUUCUAGUAUACACUCAAUUCCAAGGUACUGUGUGUUUUGUUAUAAUAGAGGAUUAGGCAGUUUUUCUAGAGAAGUUUGAAUCAGCAAGGACUGACAUAAAUCAUGCAGUUUCCUAGAUUAGUAUAUCAUAACUUUUAAUAUAUUAAUAAGACUUUUGCUUCCAACAGUGUGUUAGCUUAGAUCCUGCAAAACAACUAGAUCUUGAAUAAAAUCUACCUUUGAGUGCAUUGCUAGGCUCAAAAAAAUCUGCGAGAACCAUAUCUUUAUUUUUCCCCAUCCCAGUUGGUAAAAGUGAAUGCUGCAGUUACGAUACAGAUGAACUGUGGUUGUGUGAGGGCCAGUGUCAAUAGCAGUACUGCCAUAUGCAGUUUGUUUUGGACCAGAAACAAGGAGAGAGACCUGAAUCUGAGACUCUGCCUUAAGCUGUUGAAGAAGGGCUUAAGUGGUUUAUAGUGCCAUAAAGGUCCUGCCAGAAGCAGAUAUUAAUUCUCUUAAGGGAAAAACAUUCUUAUUUAGCCAAUAGAUUCCCAUAGAUUAAAGUCAAGCAAUAUUUCAUGACUAGAGAUCACCAUGUACAAGCUGAAAAUAGCUGGCAUGAGAGAGAAGUAUAGAAACAACAAGCAUUAGAUUCAGUUCUCCAAGUUCACAUCACCAACACAAGCAGUAAAGGCUGGAUCCAGAGGCAGAUUUGAAAAAGAACCAAAUGCCACUUCUAGAAAUGAGAGAUAUGUUUAUUGAAAUUAAAAAAAAAAAAAACAUAUUGGAUAUCAUAUUAGAUUUGGCUGAAGAGAAAACUAGUAAACAGGAAUCUAGCUAUAAAGAAAUUACCCAGUGAACAGCACAGAAAAACGAAAAACUAUAAAAUAGUUAAAAAAAAAAAAAAAAAGAGAGAUACACAGAAAAGAGUUAUAAAAACUAGAGGUACUGGAAGGAGAGAAUAGAGAGAAUGAAUGGGGGAAAGUCAAUAUUUAAAGAGAUAAAAAUUGAGAGUUUUCUGUAUUUGGAAAAAUUCAUAAAUUCAGGAAGCACAGCAUAUCCCAAACACUUAUAUUAAAAAUACAUGCUUAGACCUAAUGUAGUGAAACUGCAAAUAACAAACACAAGAUUUUUAGAGCAACCAAAGAGGAAAAAGGAGCUCAUCAAUAAUGAUAUGACACCAAAAUACUCUGUAUGCUCCUCAGCAGCAGCAAUGUAUCCAAAAGAUAAGAGUAAUACCUUCAAAAUUCUAAAAAAAAAAAAUUCAGGUUUGAGUUUAUACCAAGAAAAAUUUAAAUAAAGAUAUGUUUGGGUGAAAAACAGGUUUUGCCGCCUCACACCUUCAUUAAAGAAACUGCGAAAGUAUGAUCUUCAAGAAGUACAAAAGUGACCCUAAAAGGAUGAUCUGAAAUCAAGGAACUAGUGAGGAAAUGAAAUGAUAAAUAUGUGUAAAUCUAAAGUAUUGUUUGUAUAAAACACCUAUAAUGAAAGUAGUAAAUAAGAACUAAAAUUGUUAAUUUAAAACUAAGUAAAUGUCACUAUUACACAGUAUUAAUGUGGAAUUUAAAAAUAAGGAUAUAAAUGAAAAUUUGGACAAUAGCUAUUAAGAUUGGAGGAGGGUGAUUGGAAUUAAAGUAUUCUGAGGUUUUGUUCAGAAAAUAGUUUAAGAUAUUGGUUAAAUUUGAUUAUGUUAAAUAUACAUAGUAAAAAUUCAAGGAUGGCUGUUAAGAGAAUAGAUACAGAAUGUAUAAUUCCAAAGGAAAAGAAGUUCUAAAAAAUGGAAUAACAAGACGAUAAUUCAAAACAAAAAAAAGAAAGUAACUGUAAGGGUAUAAAACAAAAUUAGAAAAUAAAUGAUACUAACAAAUCCAACAAUAUUAAUAAUUAAAACAAAUAUUAAUAGACUAAAGUACCCAGCUAAAUGACAGAUUUUCAUAUUAGAAGUUUUUAAAUUAAUUGUGUGUACUUAAAAGAAAAACAAAGCAAGGGCAUGGAGAGAUUUAAGGUAAAAAAAAAAAAAAGGCUUUAGGUAAAUACCAAAAGAAAA